AGGAACAGGAGAAGAAGGAUAUGCAAGAGGAAGGUUCUUAAAUGUUUAGAACACGAACCCCUAGAGAACAUAAAAUGUCCGCAUAAGUCUGAGGAGAAGGCCCGUUUUAGAACAAUUGAUGGAACUUGCAACAACGUGGAUCAACCCUUUUUUGGAGCAGCUGGUACUCCAUUCAGACGAGUACAACCAGCUGAUUAUGAAGAUAAGGUCUCGGCACCUCGCGUGGCACAAAGUGGAGACCAGUUACCUAAUGCGAGAAACGUGAGUCGUUUCGUCCAUGGCAGUAAUUCAGACCGCCGAAACCCUAAUUCUCCAAAGCUGACUCACUUAGCAAUGAAUUGGGCUCAGUUCCUGGACCAUGACUUAACGCUGGCGCGGACAAAAACUGUUACCUGUAAAACCGUUCCCUCUAAUGAGUCAGAGUGUUUCAACGUUGAAGUUCCGGCCGAUGAUGACGUCUUCCAGAGCAGGGGUGUUACAUUCUUCGAGCUGAUUCGAGAUGCUCCCCAUGAGUUUAAGGUAGAGUGUUCACCAAGACCAAGAGAGCACACCAACAACAUAACAGCUUUCAUCGACGCCUCCAACGUUUACGGCUCUAACGAGAUGGAGGCUGAACACCUUCGAGCACCCGACGGGACAAUGAAAAUUAGGACACCUCAUCACGGCUGCCCCUUGAGGGAUCUUUUACCUGCACAAAAUGAUUCUGAGAUACCAUGCGCAUCAAAAGAUCCUAACAGACCUUGUUUCGUAGCCGGAGACGAGCGCGCGAACGAGAAUCAAGGUGAGGUCACCAAAUAACUUCAUUCGCUUCUCUGAUUAAGACAAAUAGACCGUGGUAUAUCGACCUUUUUCAAACAGGUCUAUAGCGUAUUCAUAUCGAAUGUUUAUAAUAAAACUGUAAAAUAUUGUUACUUCUACACAUGUAGACCACGCAUUGUCAAAGGCAGAAGGUGUCAAGACUUGUUCAGAGACGUCCCCAUUAAGACGUAACUAAAAUGAUGAAAUUGCACAUGAGCUCUGUUUAACCCUGUUGGUCCCAAGAUCUCAACACUAUUGCUUCUGAAUGUCUGCAUAAUUUUCUUAUGGUAUUAGUUCUUGGUAAUUCGUAAAUCAAAUAAUAUACCCUUUUUUGAUAUGUACGCUAUAUCGUCACCUUUCUACUUGAGGGAGUGCUCGUGUUGCGAGGAGAAACUGCUUUUCGGUCAUUUCAGGUAAUGAAAUAGCUCAUACUCGACAAGUAAUAUAGAGAGUAUCCUGCGCGGGUAUUUGUCGAACAUCUUCCUGUCUCAAGCGCUUCCAUCUCCUCCUAUAUUAAAUAGCUCUUUUAUCUUCUUGCUAAUGAUAUAUAUUUUAUGGAUACAACAGGUCUCAUGUCAGUUCAUACUCUCUUCGUCCGGGAGCAUAACCGAAUAGCAACAUUUUUCCGUAAAAACACAGGAUGGGAAGCGGAGCAGAUUUACCAGGAGACCAGGAGAAUAGUUGGGGCGGAAUUACAAUUCAUUACAUACAACGAAUUUCUGCCACUGCUUCUUAGCCCCAAAACGGUAAGUAACUGUAUUAAUCUUUGUUUUUUUUUUCGAAUUCCCAACUGACUUCUUUUCUUCAUUUUGUAGAUCAGAGACAACAACCUCGCUCUGCUGAAAGGAACACGGUAUUUUAAUGGUUACAACUCUUGUAUCAAUGCCCAAACGUCUCAAGCCUUCUCUGCGGCGGCUUACCGAUUUGGUCACAGCAUGGUUCAAGAGGAGUUUUUACGUUUGAGUCAGAAUGGCUUUGAACACAAAUGUAGCAAUGAUUCUAAGUCAGAGUUCUUGCCCAUCCCAGUAAAGGACUUUGGUAAUCCAACCUACUUAUACGAUAAGUGUAAUGGGGGUGUCGAUUCCAUUUUUAGAGGCUUGGUUAAAAGUCCAGCAUCCAAAGUUGAUGGGUGAGUACGAGAUGAAUUUUUAAUGAAACAGUUUUCUACGUAUCUCUUGUCUGGACUGAAAAAGCGAGCCAAUAUUAUCAUUACAGCAAUAAAUCCGGUUAUUGAAAAUAUCCCAUUUCCGUAAUAUUGAUUAUGACUAGGAUUGUCAGUUACUCAAUACACGAUAUUGAUUUGCAUAAGGUUGAUCCCUGGGUUGACCUGAUUCUCUCCCCAGGCUCUUUUCCAAGUCUGUACAAGAAAACUUGUUUCGAGGCCCUGGUGACUUGUCCGACCUCGUAUCCCUGAACAUCCAAAGAGGACGCGAACGUGGUUUGCCUUCAUACACAACAUAUCGAAACACGUUUUGUAAAAUUACGCCUAUAGUAAACAGCUUCGAAGAUCUGCAAAAGGCUGGCAUCACCCAAAAAGAUAUAGAUAAUUUGAAGUCCCAGUACCAGUCAGUCCACGACGUCGAUCUUUUCGUUGGAGGUAUGUAUGCGCCAGCGUAAUGCCGCCAUUCAGCCUAUUUCGAUUGAGUGUUGUGAAACCAAGUCUAAAGUAAUUACAUCAGCCAAUCAAAACAAAGCAAAUCAUCAUAGGAAGCCAAUCAGAACUCAUAAAGAAGGGAGGGGGAAAAGCUAGAAAACUGACUGAAGAACAGGAAAACGCAAGUGACCAAGUCGUCUUUGUUUGAAGUUUUGCACAUGAUUGUUUAAGACGGCUGCGUAACUUUUCUUGACCGGCCACAAAGAAUAGUGAAACAAAACUGACAGAUACAAUCCCGGACUACUUUAUAGAGUGCAUUUUGAUUGAGAGUCGUAGUUCUUAAACCAAAGCAAUCACAACUACCAAUCAGUACAUAGGCACAUAUCAUUAGGAGUCAUCUAGAACUGCAAGAAAAAGCAAGCAAACUGCCUCAAGCGCGGGGGAACGCGAGUUAUCUUAUAAGAUAUUGUGUUAUACAAGGAUUUCUAGUCCAGCGAGCCUUAACGAUUCUCAUUACGAGUUAGUUUGUCGGAAUAUUUUCGGAUUAAGGCUGCUAAAACACUGAAAAAUCCGUAUCGAUUAUAGACAGUGACGUUCAAACUUUCCUAGAAGGGGAAGAAAACCAGCAUGGGAACCGGGGACAAGCUCUUUGUUUCCUUUUGCGGGAUCAAAGCCGGUGUUACCGAACCUCGCCUACUCAAGUAGCCAAUCAUAAUGAAGGAUUCGCUUAAUUAUGCAUACUCCAGAAUCCAAACAAAAAAAAAAAACGCCAGGCACUAGGGUAUAUCUGUAUUUCACUUUCGUUAAACUUACACAAGUGAAAUAAUUAAGCGCAGGAGGAGGAAGGUUUAAAACAGCGUUUGUGAGUAAUUGUUCCUUUUUAAUGACUCUUUACAGGAAUAUUGGAGCCUGCAGAUUCAGAGGGAGGAGCACUAGGGAAAACCUUUCAGUGUCUAUUAGCUGACCAGUUCAAACGCCUACGAGAAGGUGACCGCUUCUGGCAUGAAAAUGCACCAAACCGAAGCCUGGACACUGAUAAAACAGCUUUUACGCGAUACCAACUGCAAGAAAUAAGAAAGGUUACAUUGGCCAAGAUAAUCUGCGACAAUGCUGAGAACAUUCCAUCUAUCCCCAAGAGGGUAUUGCAACAGUCAAAGGUAUUCGUGGAUUGUAAUAAGCUGCCCAAAAUGAACCUGGAUGUGUUUACACCAGAUUUCAAAUGUCGGCAGAGAAGGUAUGCAACUAUCAUUGCUUUGUAAGAAACUUCACCUAAAUUCCUCUCAAAUUUGAUUAACUGUUAUUUGACUGUUAUUUUUUCUAGCAGAGUCUGGGGUGACUCCUCAGACCCUUAGGAUGAAGAUGACGAAGGAUCGACUGAGUAAUCCGUCCACGAACACAGAAUAAUUCAUCAGCCUCAUCAGCCCCUUGACUCGGACCCGGGGAUUUGUACUUUGUUAGAAAACUAUAGAUUAUUUCGACCUCGGUUUAAUGUUUUAAGCUAGAUUUGCGCAUGAUGUAAAGUGUAGAUUAAAGCAUUAAAAUUCAUAAAAUGGAGUAUGAGAAUUUUUGUUUAUGAAAUGUAACGUUUCUUUGUAACUGGCUGUACUGUUUUCAAACUUACAGGGGAUGGCGCCCUUAUUAUUACCAUUUGUAGCCUGCAAGAUGUUGCCAUUGGUGCAACUGACAGGCGUUAAGCUAAUUUUGCUAUUGUUGUCGUUUUUUUAGUUUUAUGUAAGGAGGUUCCAUGUGUAAUUUCAAAAAGGCUAUCUAGAUCAUUAAUUUUGGAAGCUCGCCACAUUUCGCCUCAGAUAUUGGUGUAGUAAAGUUAACUUCAGUGACGCAUCAAUCAGUGUCUCGUUAUUGACUAUCAACUUACAUGCGUAGCGGAUCACUUUUCGAGUAUCAGCUCUAGAGUCUAAGUUCAAGAAGAUUUAUGAACCACCUCUCUUAGUUGCCUUACCCAUUACACAAUAACAUCAGUACGCAUAAUCUCCAUACUGUUCUUCGUAUAUCUUCUAAGGUGCCGAGAAAGAGAAUAUUUUAAACAAUCAAAAGCUUGUUCAGUUGAUGAUCAUUCUCUCUAUUCCCGUGACCUUCAUGAAUGGGAAGAUAUUCAUUUGUGAGGAAACAUUGGAUGUUAGUCAUUCGUAAUUAAUUCGUUUUCAAUACUCUACGUGAACUGAACUAUCCGCCUUAGUAUUGAAGCAUCUUGUUGAAAAGUGAUUUUCUGUUCAUAGCAAAACCUGAUGAAAGAAGAGAAAGGCUUAUGAUUUGUCGCUGGUUUAAGUGAAUAAUCGGGAAUACAACUGUAGAGUUAACACUUAACUUGUUGUAGCGUUUAGUCACUUUGCCACAUGUGCAACCUCGAGACAGUUGAAUUUAACUUCAAUCCCCUUCAAACAUCAGUUAAGUACAGUUGAUUGAAAAAGCGAAAAAUGAAUAAAAAGGUCGGUGGGUGAGCGCGUUAACCCUAGUCAGACAUAAAUUACUGGUUCAUGGAUCUCCAAAUCGUUUUUCGUAUAAAACCGCAACGUCAGGUAUCAGUAACACGUACCUUGUUAUUGAAGAUCAUCUGAACUUUGCACUCCAUUUCUUAACACUAAGAAUUUCUACGUUUUGAUCAAACUGCUGGGCACCGUCUCGAAUAGACUGAAUGCCUGACAGUUGUAAAUUUAAUUAUUCACCAAAAUGUCUUCGAAGAGUUCUAAUUCCUCUCGUACAUGUCACUUUUACCAGUUCUUUCUUUAAUAAAAAAGUUCUUUCUGUAAGCUACCAAAUCGUGAACUUGGCAAUAAUUCAGCAUGUUUCCCUAAGCUGUAUUUUGGUUCACUUGAUGUAGAGAUCUCCAACAGAGGCGGCGCAUCUUUUAUCACAAUACCCCCAUAUGAGAUAUGCAGACAAACAUCGAAUUUUCCUCAUAGCUUUUAUUUGAGGUUUUCUGCAUUUUUUUUUCCCUCCACAUUUACUGAACUUGAAGCUGUCCCUAACUGUCACGCCACAGUGAUCUCAAGGCACAUUCUACGAAACCAACGUGACCUCCCGAGCUUUAAAACAUGUUUGGUACGUUCAAGCUUGACCACUGAAACAAAAACAACGUAAUUUUUUGGAUCGCUUGGCAUUUCUAAAUAACCUCGAAUAUUCCAAAUAGUCUGAUCAGAAGCAUAGAAUUCCUAAUUGGCUCGGAGAAUUUAUCCAAUUAAAAGACAAUUCCAUACAUGAUUUGGAAUUGCUUGACAUUUCUAAACAAAGAUCUGAAAUUCUUAAGAAAGUUGGAAGAACCUUCUCAUGGAAAUUCUGUGAAAAUUUCUGACUACCGGGCAUUUAGUCUAUUUGAAACCGUGCUCGGCUGCCGGGCUUUAAGUCACAGCGUGAAUUGCAACCCUUUUGAACAGCUACCUUAUCUUAAAUUAUAGACAAAUCAAGUAUUUUCUCGGUGCAAAAAAUCGAUCAACAAAAAACCAUUGUUUUUGGCAAAUAUUCAUUUUGAUUGCAUCAAAAUUAUCACAACAAAAGUCGCAUUGAACCGAUAAAGUUCCUGUUUGGGGUUAUAAAAGAACAAAUUUUAAGUCACAAAGGUUAGAGCUGUUUGGUAGUUUCUUUGCGAAGAAUUAACUGACUCGAAGGUAAGAAUGAAUUGUGUACGUUAGUUACAUGUAUCUACACCAAUACCUUAUUCAAUGUUUCCUACAUUAUUUAAUAGCCUUAGGGUCAUCAAAAAGUCUUUAUAACUCUAGUCUAAAAGCAUCGUUCUCGCGUCAUAACAGACCGAAAACGUAGUCGAAGGGUUUUAGACGAGAUCAGAUUAAGCCGUAAUUUUUUUCCGAAAAGAAUCGACUGUUUUCAAAUCAAAGACCUGACCGUAGUUAUUGGUUAAUUAGCCUCUGUAAGGAUAUUGGUGUUAAUCAUAGCGUUAAAAAGAUCAGUAAACUUAACCAAUCAAUUUUUGUAGACUAUAUUGAUAAUGAUACAUGGGCGCGCGUAGAUAUGGAAUUUCUCUUCGAGUGUUCAACUCGACACCUUACUCGUUCGCUGCGCUUACUCGUGAGCUAUCGAGUUGAACAUGAGAAGAGAAAUUCCAUAUCCACGAGCAACAUGUAUUAUUUCGAUUAUCGUGUAAACACAAUAGUCUUUUACUGGAAAGAAAAGUCGACUUUAUUAACGAAUGAAAAUAAAAGGAUCAACGAUCCCCGAAUAAAAAUUGUAAUGUGCGUUGGCGCUAAGGCUCGAGAUGAAAAAAUGCCUUGAAUCACUACGAAAUCAACAAUGGGCAUAAUUUUCAAUAAAUAACUGACUUAGUCCUAACAGACAAAAGAAAUCUUUCAGGUACACAGCCAAAAUCGGCCUGUGGCAAAUCUUGUAGUUAUCGAUUUCGUUCUAAGCCGCGAGAAAUGCCAUCACCAGAGCCACUGAAUAUGUAACUUUUGGUUUUAAAUUUCGUGUUUUGGUUUUUUUCCCCUUCUAGGAAAUUUUUAACAUCACUUUCUGUUAGCGAUAAGGAUUUUUCAGUGUUUUAAUAGCCAUAAUCCGAGAAAAACUCCGUCAAACAACCAUGGAUUAAGAAUAGUGAAGGCUUUGCUGUUCGUUCGUCAACCUGACUGAUUGAUGCGAAAGGCGAGUGACGUGUCAGCAACUGAUUAGCGAUAUCAAACACACGUGACAAAAUAUCGUAUUUUUUCGCGUGUGCUGUUACUGCUUUUCUUAGGGCUGGAAAUCCUUGUAUGACACCGUAGUUUAUAUGAUAAAGUAUGUUUAACUGACCAAGAUUGAAUUGACUUUUUUCAACUCGAUCGUGCAACAUUAGAAAAACGGUGCCAACUUUUUAUUUCCGCUUUUCAUAGCGACUUAUAAGGGUUUUGUCCAAAAGGUCUGUGCUGAUGAACUAUCAGACAUUCGGCUUUAUUUAAGAGUAUGAAAAAGAAAUCGGAUUUAAAAACAGGCUAAGCUUAACCUAACAUUUUUCGAGAUCAGAAACAGAAGCAGGAGUUUGUUUGUUUAUUUGUUUUGUUUUUUUAAUUUUACUUUUACUUUUGACAGUUCGCGGUUAAGGAAGAACCCAUUUCACUUUUCAGUAUCGCGGCUAAGUCAAACAUCAAAAAAGUCGCCAAAAUAAAGUGACACACCUGAGAACCAGUGACCCAAAGCUAUUGUUCGACGUUGAGACGUCAAUUGUGAUUUAUAACUUGACACGCGUCGAUGGGUUAAAAAGACCUGUAAUACCUCAAGAAUUCUAGAAAAAUUGGUCAAAUGCUAACUGCUGCCGUUGGUUUGUUUGCCAAUAGCGAAAAAAGUAAAAGAGACAAAAGGUUUUCCCAGACUAAAACCUCGAUGUCAAUAAUAUUUCGCUGAUUACCUUUCUUCUACUUCAGAUGUCGAUAGUCUAUAUUUUGUUUUAAGUUACUCAACUUUUUCAAACUCGUGAACGCGAAAAUUAGAAUUGACCUUUCAAAGAAAUGACCAGCAACUUUCUCUGUUGGAGGAUGGCGUUCAGUCAGCUAUAUCACUACGAUAUGAUAAUUUGAUUGAAUUGCAAAUUUUAGUAAGCAUCCAUAUGAUGUUAUGAAGCAUUUCGUUAUCAGUUUAUAAUUAAUAAGUCAGUUAGUUGGUCAGUUCACUAUGAUUUAAUUUUUCGUUUAUAUUUAGAAAGUAUUUAAUGUAUGAAAUCGAAUUCCGAAGUUAUUUAGGUUUGAGUUGUCGUGAUGAGUUUCCGAAUUGUGACAGCCUUGUCUAACACCCUCAAGUUGACGUGCUUAGUUUGUUUAUUGACCUCACUUUGGACCCACACGAAAGUUCUUAUUUUGACUUACGCAGUCAGAAGUUGACUCAAUUGAAAGGAAGUAUGGUAAUUAAGUACCUUGUUGUUCAGAUGGUGAAAUUGUUUGGUUUAGCGUUCCAACAACAAAUGUUUGAUCUCUCAAGGUCAGCAAGCUGGCAUGCCAAUCCAUAUCUGUCAGUAGUGAAUAUAUAAGCAUACUCUUUUAUAAGAGUUUAGUUAGAAGAGAGUUGGGAGAAGAGGGAAAAAAGUAGAAUAGAAUAGAGAAUGGGGAAAAUAGAAAGAAGAGAAGGCCAGAAGAAUGUAGACAGUACGCAGUCAAGUAGAGUCAGAAUUCCAUAGUUGAAGAAGAAUCCGGUGAGAGUUUAAUUUAGUCGUAAGAAUGGACUUCGGAUUGUCAAAGUAAUGUUGGGAGUGAAAAAUGUUGAACCAUGCAAGUAUUAUUAGGCCACACAUAUUUAUCAAAUGGAAAAACGAAAUUUUAAAAAAAUGUUUUGUAAAUGUAACCCAAACUAAUUUUCGUACAACAUUUCACAUCUGCCUUUAAAUAUUUAUUCCGUGCACGCUAAACUUUAAUAGGUUGAGAACUGUCGGCAGAAUUCAUAAAAACCUGCAAACUGUAACGAAAAAUUCCAUGAAACAUAGAAAAAUGGCAUAAAAUGAAAACGCUUUUAAAGGCAUUUUAUUUAAAUAUAUAUAAAUUCACAUAUGUAAACCGACUUUCGAGCUUAAUAUUUGAAACCGUCCAAACUUUUAAUAAGUUUACACUACAAUUUAUUAGGAUACAAAUUUUUCUACGUUUCACUCAGUUACCAGAGAGUUUAGAGUUUAACCCUUAACUUUACGGCAAUUAGUCUCUAUCAAUAAUGUUGUCUGGCAACAAAGUGAAGCUUACCUCAAUCGGAAAGUGCCGCCAUUAACACCUUCCACAUAAUCAAAUAAAAAGACCUCCUUACACGAUAUGCUGAGUCACAUCAUAUCGCCAUAGAUGGUUUGUCGUCAGAAAAUAUGAAAAAUCUCCAAAUUUUCGCUGUCACAGGCCAUAAAUGUAACAACAAGUUUGAAUCUCUGACGACAAUUGCCAAAGUCGGACGUCGGAGCAUGCGAAGAUGUCUUCGGCGUUUGUUGAUCAAACAUUUCAGCGAUAAUUCCUUGAAACACUUUAAAUGAGCUGCCUUAAUAUGUCAUUAUGCAAAUUUUACGUUGGAAUUUGUGGGAAUUCGUUUAAAAUUGCCGCGUAAGUCAGCUUUAAGAAAAACAUUUGCAAAGAGUCACGUCUUAAUGCGCAUGACCUAGAUGAAGCUUUAUGCCUCGGUGGCCUUGAUCUAUUAAAAUCGCAUUUGAGUGGUUUCCUUUUAGAAGCUUUUCACCUCCAUUGCAAAGAAUAAGUUUUAAUCAAGUUUUCUGUCGCCAUGACGCAAAAACCACUAAAGAAAAAUCUAGCCUUGCGCUUAUAAGAUUCCCGGCAAGUUUUUUAAGUCUUUAUUUUGCAAAAGUGAAAAAGAAAGUUGCUUAUCAAGAUAUUAUAUUCACUUUUCAAGGAAUCGAGUCUGUGUUUCACAAAUCAAGUUUGCUUUUUAACAAUCAAUCAAGCCUUUUAACAAUCAAUCAAGUGGGAUCACAGACGGCAUAUCACUUAAAUCUAAGGGGAAUAAAAAGCAUUUACAAAGAGAAUGUUGUCGUCAACCAAUUUUUUAGCAGUAAAAUCAAUAAUGAAUUGAAUGAUCUGUAUGUUGACGGUUCCAAGUUACUUUGUUUUGCUCUUCAUUAGACAACAUGGCAGGGCGUUUUCUCGGUGCUUUACUGUUUAUCUUGGUUCUGGGAUUUGAGCGGGGAUCCUCUUCUGUUUUGAACGACCCAGACCGGUUAGAAGGAGACACCUACACUACAGCAGACGUGGCGGAUGACCUUGCCGAACUGAAUCACCUGAACACGGAACUGGCGCAAGACAGCGUGUCGGCCAACGUUUGUAAAGAGAUCAAAGAUGAAUUCAAAGCCGUGGAGAAAAAAUCCAUGGCUGAAGCCAAAAAAGAAAAAAAAAACGAUAGCCAAGCAGCAUCUAGAACAAGUCUGAGGAAAAGCUUCCAGAUAUUACAACAUGGUAAAAGAUCAGUGGUGGACGACUCGAAAGUGCUGAGGUCGUUACAGAAUGAAGCUUGUGUCAAAUGCGCCAUACGAGACAUUUGUAAGACGAGGAAGGUUUUGAACCUUCUAGGAAUACCUUGGAAGAUGAGAAGGUAGGUGUUUCUAAAACCAGAACACCAAAAAGAAGUUCAGAGUUUAAUUGCUUAAACGUACAUUUUCAAAAAGAUCAAAUUAAAAUCUUAAAAUGCACGUGAAUUAUUGAGAAAUUGUAUUUUAGUAUAAAUGUUGAUAAUAUCGUAAUCGUUUGUCUCGCGAUGUAGUUACUUGAGAUGUAGAUCGCGAAGUUUCAACUGCUUACUGCUAAUCUUCAUUAGGCAAUGGGGUCGACUGCUCACGCGUUUCCAUUUGUAUCACGGCGAUCUAAUGUGACUAGCGGAUUUCGAUCCGCAUUGUUGCGGUAAGUUCUGGUUAUCCGAGAGGUCUGACUCCAAGUUAUUCCCACGGUGGUUUGCUGUCGUACCGGUCUCCCGUUGUGUUUCUUGAUCGUUGGUAUCCACGGGUCAGGAAUUUUGAUGACUUUAUCCCUGUUGAUGUUAUCAGUGUGAAGUCUUAUGUGGAUAGCAUCCUUGACUCUUUUGGUUUACCAGUGAGAGUCUAAAUCAAUAAACUUUACUUCGUUCCAAAGCAGGUGGUGGCCGGUAUUGUUGACGUGUUCAGAAACGGCGGAGGUCUGGGUACGGACUAAACGUACAUCCCUGUCGUGUUCUUUUAUCCUCUCUUGCAUAGGUCUUCCCGUUUCACCAAUGUAGACUUUGGCACAUUCACAAGGAAUUCUGUAAACUACGCCGUCCUGUCUAGCUGGAUUGACAGUGUCCUUUGAUCAUACUAAAAGCGACCUAAGAAAAAGAACACGAUCUCUGUUAGGUCGGAACUCCCGAGUGACCUUUCGGCAGGAAACAGCUCCACCGAAUUCAGACUCAAUUGAACUCCACUCAGUCCUUUUACUAAAAACGCUCUCAAUGACCCUUAUAGUAUGGUUUGGUUUCUCAAAUGCAGCACACGAUUUUCUUUCUUUUCUUUUUUUUUUGAAGGCACUCGAAAGGUUUGGGGUAACCUUUAUUCCUAAACUCUUUUUAAAAGGAAACUCUGACCCGUCUCCUUUAAGAAAAUAGUUUACUAUGGAAUUUACACCCAUUCUUUCUUUACAUCGAAAUUUGUUACCCAAAACUUAAAAAGUAAAAUUCAAGCCACGGUACCUCAAACUUACUAAUACCUUACUUCUCCUUUAAAUUGAUGAUUUUGUGUGCAUUUUUAAAUUUCUUGUGACGUUUGAAUUUCUCACUAUACUUUGCAAAUAAACAAUUUAUAUUUCUUUUUUACCAGGAAAGAAAGAGAAAGCAAAUGCAGGAGGAAGGUUCUUGAAUGUUUGGAACACCGACCGUUAGGUGACAUUGAAUGUCCACAUAAGUCUGAGGAGGAGGCCCGUUUCCGAACAAUUGAUGGAACUUGCAAUAAUGUGGAUCAACCCUUUUUUGGAGCAGCUGGUACUCCAUUCAGACGAGUACAACCAGCUGAUUAUGCAGAUGAGGUCUCGGCACCUCGCGUGGCACAAAGUGGAGACAAGUUACCCAACGCGAGAGACGUGAGUCGUUUCGUCCAUGGCAGCAAUGCAGACCGCCGAAACCCUAAUUCUCCAUGGCUGACCCACCUGGCCAUGAAUUGGGGUCAGUUCCUGGACCAUGACUUAACGCUGGCGGAAGCUCAAGGAGUUACUUGUGAAACUGUUCCCUCUACUGAGCCAGAGUGUUUCAACGUUGAAGUUCCGGCCGAUGAUGACGUCUUCCAAAGCAGGGAUGUUAGAUUCUUUGAAGUGAUUCGAGAUGCUCCCCAUGAGUUUAAACCAGAGUGUUCACCAGGACCAAGAGAGCACACCAACAUAAUAACAGCUUACAUCGACGGCUCCAACGUUUACGGCUCUGACGAGGAGGAGGCUGAACACCUUCGAGCACCCGACGGGACAAUGAGAAUUAUGAAACCUCGUCACGGCUGCCCCUUGGGGGAUUUUUUACCUGCACAAACAGAUCCUGAGAUACCAUGCGUGUCAAAAGAUCCUAACAGACCAUGUUUCGUAGCCGGAGACGAGCGCGCGAACGAGAAUCAAGGUGAGGUCACCAAAUCCUUUCAAAAAGACCGUGCUGUAACGACCUUUUUCAACCACCUCUAUAGCGUAUUCAUAUCGAAUAUUUAUAAUAAAACUGUAAAAAUAUUGUUACUUCUACACACGCAGACUCGCUCCAUCAAGUUGAUACCCUGUCAAGGCCUCUUCACAGACAUCUCUGUUUCAUCUCUUUUAACUGAUGAAAUUGCACCUGAGCCCUGUUUUAUCCUUUUGGUCCUAAGGCCUCAACACUACUUCUGUCAUACAUUUCUUACAGUAUUAGUUCUGGGAAUUUGUUGGUAAAUCAAAUGAUAUACCCUUGUCGAUAUAAUUCCUUAUUCUUGUCACCUUUUUGCUUGACGGAGUACUCAUAUUGCGAGGAAAAACUAGGGCCAGGUUUUUCAAAGCACGAUUAACGUAACCCAGGGUUAGUGCAAAUUUUUAAAUCAAUUUAAUUGCUUUGCAAAGGUAUUAUUCCUUUUCUCUUUUUUUUCCUUUUAGUUUUAAGUCAUAUUGAGAUAAAACCCAACAAAACCUUAGCUUUUAAACACGCUCAUUUACAGGAGAAAUUAAAGCCAGGAUUAACUAUUAAUCCUAGAUUUACGUUAAACCCCUUUCGAACAACCCGGCCCAGGUAGUGAAAGGAUUCAUACUCGACAACUCUAAGACCACACCCACAGCAGUAAAGGGAGUACCUUGCACAGCCGUUUGUCGGACAUCUUCGUGUCGCAAGCCUCUCUAUUUUAUCUUGUAUUGAUAUCUCUUUUUAACUCCUUGCUAACGAUACAUAUUUCAUGGAUACAACAGGUCUCAUGUCAGUUCAUACUCUCUUCGUCCGGGAGCAUAACCGAAUAGCAACAUUUUUUGGCGAAAACUCAGAAUGGAAAGAGGAGCGGAUUUACCAGGAGACCAGGAGAAUAGUUGGGGCGGAAUUACAAUUCAUUACAUACAACGAAUUUCUGCCACUGCUUCUUAGCCCCAAAACGGUAGGUCAAUGUUUCAAUCUCUGUUUUUUGUUUUUGUUGUUGUUUUUUUUUUUUACUCCUAACUGACUUCAUUUCUGUUACCUCUCUUCAUUUUGGAGAUCAAAGACAACAACCUCGCUCUGCUGAAAGGAAAACGGUAUUUCAAUGGUUACAACCCUGGUGUCAGUGCCCAAGCGUCUCAAGCCUUCUCUGUGGCGGCUUACCGAUUUGGCCACAGUUUGGUUCAAGAGGAGUUUCUACGUUUUAGUCAAGAGGGCUUUGAACACAAAUGCACUGGUGAUUCUAAGUUAGAGUUCUCGCCCAUCCCGUUACUGGACUUCGGUAAUCCAACCUACCUAUAUGAAAAGUGCAAUGGAGGUAUCGAUUCCAUUUUUAGAGGCUUGAUUAAGAGUCCAGCAUCCAAAGUUGAUGGGUGAGUAAGAGAUAAUUUUCAAUUGAACAAUCUUGUUUGCAUCUUUCGAGAAUGCGCUGUGUAGAUCCGCACGUAUUAGUAGGAUUUUUCAGAUUCCAUUGAUCCUUGGUUGGCUUGAUUCUCCUCCCCAGGCUCUUUUCCAGCUCUGUUCAAGAAAACUUGUUUCGAGGCCCUGGUGACUUGUCCGACCUCGUAUCCCUGAACAUCCAAAGAGGACGUGAACAUGGUUUGCCUUCAUUCACGACAUAUCGAAACACGUUUUGUAAAAUUACACCAGCAGUGAACAGCUUCGAAGAUCUAGAAAAGGCUGGUAUUACCAAAAAAGAUAUAGAUAAUUUGAAGUCCCAGUACCAGUCAGUCCACGACGUCGAUCUUUUCGUUGGAGGUAUGUCUGCGCCAGCGUAAUGCCGCCAAAUAGCGAUUGAGUAUUGUGAGACCGAAACCAUGUUUAAAGUAAUCAUAAAAGCCAAUCAGAAUAAAGGAAAAUAUCAUAAGGAGCCAAUCAGAACUCAAAAAAGUGGGGAGGGGGAAAAGCAAGAAAACUGACUGAGGUUUACUUUUCGAUUCUCAGUGAUUGGUUUUGAAGGUGGUGAGAGUUUUUUGGACCAGUCACAAAGCAAAGUAAAACAAAACCAAAGCAGUCCCAAAUUAGUUAUGACACUCUAUUUUGAUUAUUUAUUGUGUUUGAGGUCGAGGUAUGUGCAUAUAACUUAAUUUACUUACUUUCCUUUUCUGGGGAGAGAAACAAACUCAAUUGAAAGUUCAUGGUAGGCUUGUUUAAAAAUGAAUUUAUUUCAUGGAAAAAAUAAAAAAAGUUUGUAUCGUGUAAUUUCCCAAUAAUUUCGGUAAAUUCAGAUUGAUUUUCUUCGUUUUAACUAUCUGAAGAUGUGUAUGUGACUUUCUUGUUGCCAGAAUACUGCGAAAUCUUGUAGCGAUUGUUAACUGGGUACACGUCCUCUGUUCUUUUUUGCCGCAUCAAUGCAGGGGAUUCCGAACCUUCCCGCUCUUGUAGGUAAUUAUAACACAAGACUCCUUACAUCAUGCCUACUCUAGGACCCAGUCGUUUUAAUCACGCUAGAAACCGAACCAUUCUGCAUUCCACUUUCGUUUAGCUCAUACAACUGAAAUAAUUAAGCUCAGGAUGAGGAGGGGCAAAGGUUUAGGCGGCCAAUUAAAAUGAGAUCACAUGACUGAAAACGAUCUAUAGCGUUUAUAGCAAGUGUUGUUUUCAUGAUUCUUCACAGGAAUGCUGGAGCCUGCAGAUGCCGAGGGAGGAGCACUAGGGAAAACUUUUCAGUGUAUAUUAACCGAGCAGUUCAAACGCCUACGAGAGGGUGACCGCUUCUGGCAUGAAAACGCACCAAACCGAAGCCUGGACACCGAUAAAACAGCUUUUACGCAAUGCCAGCUGCAAGAAAUAAGAAAGGUUACAUUGGCCAAGAUAAUCUGCGACAAUGCUGAGAGCAUUCCUUCUAUCCCCAGGAGGGUGUUGCAACAGUCAAAGAUAUUCGUCGAUUGUAAUAAGCUGCCCGAAAUGAACCUGGAUGUGUUUACACCAGAUUUCAAAUGUCGGCAGAUAAAGUAU